AGACCAGACUUCAAAUUAGUGUUUUAGACCGGGUCAAUUGACAUUUCUAGCUCAAAUCUCAUGAACUACUAUAAGCACUACAACGCCGUUUCAUAGCGCUUAUAGAGAACAAAACCUAAUAACAGUCACGCUGUUCACUCUUUAACUUAUAUUUUUGGUGGGAAGGGAUUUAAGUAGUAAAACCUAGCAGUCGAUCGUCUCCAUCUCCUAGCUCGGGGUUUUUUUGAGCAUCUUGGUUUCAGUUUAUUUUAGAUGGCGCUCGAGAGGAUUUUUAAAGAUGAAGCCAGUGAAGAGAAAGGACAGCGUGCUAGAAUGGCAUCAUUUGUUGGUGCUAUGGCUAUUGCUGACUUGGUGAAGACAACCUUAGGACCGAAAGGAAUGGAUAAAAUUCUACAAUCAACAGGCAGAGGGCGUGAAGUCACUGUUACAAAUGAUGGGGCCACUAUUCUUAAGUCUUUGCAUAUUGACAACCCAGCUGCUAAAGUCCUUGUUGACAUUUCGAAAGUCCAAGAUGAUGAAGUUGGUGAUGGUACAACUUCCGUUGCCGUUUUGGCUGGGGAGCUUUUGAGGGAGGCUGAAAAGCUGGUGGCUGCUAAGAUUCACCCAAUGACUAUUAUAGCAGGCUUCCGAAUGGCAGCUGAAUGUGCUCGUAACGCUUUGUUGGAGAAGGUCAUGGAUAAUAAAGAGGAUGCAGAAAAAUUCAAGUCAGACUUGAUGAAGAUUGCAAUGACUACUUUGAGUUCCAAAAUUCUCUCACAGGACAAGGAACAUUUUGCACAACUGGCUGUUGAUGCUGUUAUGAGGCUCAAGGGCAGUACUAACUUAGAGGCCAUCCAAAUUAUCAAGAAGCCAGGCGGUUCACUAAAGGAUUCCUUUCUAGAUGAAGGAUUCAUUCUUGACAAGAAAAUAGGCAUUGGACAACCAAAACGCAUAGAGAAUGCAAAGAUAUUGGUGGCAAAUACUGCAAUGGAUACAGAUAAAGUGAAGAUAUAUGGGGCACGUGUUCGUGUUGAUUCAAUGGCUAGGGCAGCAGAAAUAGAAGGAGCUGAGAAACAAAAGAUGAGAGAAAAGGUGCAGAAGAUAAUAGGUCAUGGAAUAAACUGCUUUGUGAAUAGGCAGUUGAUUUACAAUUUCCCAGAGGAACUAUUUGCAGACGCUGGUAUACUUGCAAUUGAGCAUGCCGAUUUUGAUGGUAUAGAGCGUUUGGCUCUAGUAACUGGUGGUGAAAUUGCAUCAACUUUUGACAAUCCCGAGUCUGUUAAGCUUGGGCACUGCAAGCUCAUCGAGGAAAUCAUGAUCGGUGAGGACAAGUUGAUCCACUUUUCUGGUGUUGAAAUGGGUCAGGCUUGUACCAUAGUAUUGAGAGGUGCAAGCCAUCAUGUGCUCGAUGAGGCUGAGAGAUCUCUGCACGAUGCUUUAUGUGUGCUAUCACAGACAGUCAAUGACAGCAGGGUUUUGCUUGGGGGUGGAUGGCCUGAGAUGGUUAUGGCAAAGGAAGUGGAUGAGCUUGCAAGGAAGACUCCUGGGAAGAAGUCUCAUGCCAUCGAUGCUUUUUCUCGGGCACUUAUUGCUAUUCCAACAAUCAUUGCUGACAAUGCUGGUCUUGAUAGUGCUGAGUUGAUAGCUCAGCUCCGUGCAGAGCACCAGAAGGAGGGAUGCGCUGCAGGGAUAGAUGUCAUAUCUGGAUCUGUAGGAGAUAUGGCUGCCUUGGGGAUCUCCGAAGCGUUCAAAGUCAAGCAGGCUGUACUGCUAUCAGCAACUGAGGCCGCUGAGAUGAUUCUUAGAGUUGAUGAAAUCAUCACUUGUGCCCCAAGGAAGAGAGAAGAUAGAAUGUGAAAAUGACUCAUUAUUUAGGGGUCAAAGGACUUCAGUUGUAAUGUUCACCAACUUUUGGUUUCUUGACAUGUUAUGACUAUAUUGUACUUCCAGGUUGGAUUAAGUUGCAGAAUUGAAAAAACCUUUUGUUUGAAAAGUGAUUUGAAAUUUUCUUUCUCAA